UUCCAACUGGAACUUUCUUAUUCUAAGGAACUUCUUUCCCCACACACAUCAGCCAUUGACACUGACACGCCUCUGCUGUAACUCACGCUUCUCUUAAAGCACACCCUGAAAGCUUCCCUCACGUCGCCUCUUUAAGGGCAGCUGGGCUCCGCCACCGAGGACUGGAAAUGACACUCCCUCCUCCCCGCAGCUGCCCUCAGGACAGCCGGGGAGAAACUGCCGCCGCGGACGGAGGGACCUGCCGCCCUCUAACGGCCCCCAACGGCCUCCGCCGCACCGCCCCGCGCCGCCCCUCCCCUCGCCCUCUGACCCCGCAGCCGCUGCCCCAGCGCUUCCUGUUCCCCCCACGCGGGCGCGGCGGCAUGGCGGGCGGCGCGGCGUCCUGCCUGGGCUACGCCGGCUGCAACUUCCUGCGGCAGCGGCUGGUGCUCGCCACCCUCAGCGGGCGGCCGCUGAAAAUCCGCAAGAUCCGCGCCAAGGAGGAGGACCCCGGCCUGCGCGAUUUUGAAGCAAGCUUUAUUCGCCUGAUUGACAAAGUGACCAAUGGCUCUCGGAUUGAAAUAAACCAGACAGGUACUAGCUUGUAUUAUCAGCCUGGUCUUCUGUACGGAGGCUCGUUGGAACAUGAAUGCAGCCCCAGUCGCAGUAUUGGCUACUAUUUGGAAGGUCUGCUCUGCUUGGCACCUUUCAUGAAACAUCCAUUGAAGAUUGUCCUGAGGGGAGUAACAAAUGAUCAAGUAGAUCCUUCGGUUGAUGUCCUCAAGGCUACAGCUCUACCCCUACUGAAGAAAUUUGGAAUUGAUGGUGAAAGUCUGGAAAUCAAGAUUAACCGGAGAGGAAUGCCUCCUAACGGGGGAGGAGAGAUAGUGUUUUCUUGCCCAGUGAGAAAGGUCUUGCAACCUAUUCAGUUCACAGACCCUGGCAAAAUCAAGCGCAUCAGAGGAACUGCAUACUCUGUCAGAGUGUCACCACAGAUGGCAAACAGAAUGGUGGAAUCUGCAAGGAGCAUCCUGAAUAAAUUCCUCCCAGACAUUUAUAUCUACACGGAUCACAUGAAGGGAGCCAGCUCUGGAAAAUCACCGGGUUUUGGCAUGUGCCUUACUGCAGAAACCAUCAAUGGUACGAUUCUCAGUGCUGAACUAGCCUCAAACCCACAGGGCCAGGGAGCAGCUGUGCUUCCAGAGGAACUUGGCCAGAAUUGUGCUAAGCUGUUGCUUGAGGAGGUCUACAGGGGAGGCUGUGUAGAUUCAACAAAUCAGAGCCUUGCUCUGCUCCUCAUGACCCUUGGACAACGGGAUGUUUCCAAAGUCCUGUUAGGACCUCUGUCUCCAUAUACAAUUGAGUUUCUCCGACACCUGAGAAGCUUCUUCCAGAUCAUGUUUAAAAUUGAAACAAAGACCCCUGAGGAAGAGCACAUGGGCGGGGAGAAAGUCUUAAUGACAUGUGUUGGCGUUGGAUUUUCCAACCUUAGCAAAACUAUAAGAUAAGAAGCAUCCACAGACUUCAUGAAAUGGGGUGACAAAAACCAGUUCAAAGAUCUGAUAAAACCUGCUUUUCCCUGUGCUUGUUCUGGCACAGGGAAACCAGUGAUGAUUCCAGUGCAGAGGUACCCAAGCUUGCUGCAUGUAAACAAUAAAGCUGACUUUAUGCUGCUUAGACCUGUGCUGUUUAUAAAUGCCAUGCCAGUAUUCUGUGCUGCACGGAAUGUCUGGCUGGAGCCUCAGCUGGCUUGGGACUCUCUGCACUGUAUUCCACUGCAAGGGACACAAGUGCCUCUUAUGUCCCUCUGCCCUCAAGCCUCAAUGCAGUGGGUGCUCUAGUUCUGUGUAUCUACAGACUUCUCUUAGAUUCUUCUGAAAGGUUUAGAUAGAGACGGAAAAACAAGAAUGACUAAAAUGAGCUUUGCAGUGCAAAACAAAUGAUCAUAACAGAAACAUUAAAUUCUUGAGGUAAUUGCAGAGACAAUAUUGGCAUGGAAGUAAAAGUAAAGGUGUGAUGAUAACUUUUUUUUUUUGUUUAUACGUUGCAUGUGUUCAGAAUUUGUCAAAUGCUUCACUCUGCUUACAUUGAUGAAAUUACAGUUUCAUAGGAAGAAAAAAAAUCUGUCUUAAUCUUCCUUGAUGUUAAACUAAUGCAGAAGAGAUCACAGCCUAUACUGACUUGUUUUACCCUCCCCUGCAAAGAUGGGCAUGGGAAGAGAAACCUCCUUGACAGUUUUUGACUUAUCACAUAUAUUCUUUUUAGGUUUGUUUGGCAUGCCACACAUGACAGUUUGCAAUUAGUUGUGAAAGGCGGCAAAAAAAGCUGUAGGUUUUGAGGGAGAAAAAUACAUUCAGUUAUGCCGUCACGUUUUGUGCAGCUUUUCCCUUUUGAAAGAGGGGAUAAUGGUGUUAUGGGCAGUGCUUGGAUUGACAAGUACAGAAAGUUCCUACUGGGAUAUAAAUAUUUACCCAGGAAAGGCUUUCGGUAGACUCCAGGCAAACCUGUUCAAGUUAAUGCUGAACUCAUGACACAAGGAAAGAAAUUUAUACUUUACUUCAGACUACACUCGGUGUGUCUGGAGUAAAAAUAAAACUAUGUCAAAAGCUGGUAUAUAUAGAGAGCAAAUACUAGUGACUGUGUUAUAAUGGUCUUAGAAACUUUUAUCUGAUGCCACUGUAAAGUGGGCAUUACCUCUGUAAUAUCAAAAAUGUAUAUUGGACCCGAAAGGACUUUGACAAAAAGUUAGGUAUUUGAUUAGUGUUUUAUUAACUAUUACAGGCUGUGUGAGUCAUUUUUGUACUGUACUUUGUUCUUGUUGCAAUCUGUCUAAACAUGUUUUUGAAAAAUAAAGUAUUUUUUCCUAAAUAAGGUUUUAUUUCCCUUUAAAACAAAACAAACAACAACAACAAAAAAAACCCAAAACUUUUCCCCCAGCCCUAUUAAGAUGGCAUUUCACAAGAUAAAGGGCUAUUUUGAACCCAUACAUCAAAAGAACAGCUUUGGGAGUUGCCAGGGUGGGAGGAAGGGAGAGAGCAAGGCCCUUCUUAUAAUUUACUAGAUUUCCAAAAUUUGUUUUUCAGCUAAGGAGCCCCUAAAUAAAACAGUAAAGUGGGAAAUAAAAUUGACUAUAUUUUUUAAAUUUCAAGUUACAUUGGGAAAAAUAAUGUGGGCAAGGAAUAAUGUACCUUCUCCCUUCUGUCAUUUACACAAUGAAAAGGCUAUGACUCUCCAAAUUAAAUACCCUAAUUACAGGUAGGCACCGAUCCAAAAGGUGAAAUGUACAAACUGAGAUUAAUAGCCAGAUACAAGUUAGUAGCACAGCUCAGAUUUCCAAAACUGGCCUAAGUGAAAAGUACUGUCACAACUUCAAAAAUCAAAAGCUUUGUUAUCUUUAAACUUUUAAAGCUCUGAACUUUGAAGCUGUGACAGCUUUUUCCAAAUGUUCCAGUUGCACCAAAUGUAGAAAGGGCAAUGUGUUGCCCAGGUAGCAGAUUCUUUAGCAAUAGAGUAAUUAUGUCAUAAAAUUACCGCUGCUUAACUAAACCUCAGUGUUAAAGUUAGACUGCUAACCCUCAGCCCUGCUGCAAAUUGCAUACCUUUACAGCACAACGCUUGCUAUGACUCAGAAUUGCUUGUUGCUUUACAGAGGAAAAAGAUAGGUACGUGAAAGGAAUAUGUUUUUCCAGAGCAGCCAGUCUCUGGAGGAACAGGAACGAUUCCAGAAGAGGUUUUAGGCAAGAGCUUUCUUAAAAUUGUUUGACCUUCACAUUCUGUGAAAAAAACUAUUAGGGAAUCCUGCAGAUAAAAACUAUUUGUUUAUCACUAGAACAGUGAUUAACACCUGUUUUGGUGGACUGAUCCCACAAGCAGUAAGAUUUUAGAGCUGGACAGACAAAAUUAAUUUUUGGUGAACACAAUUCAUACUCUUUGCAGCCACAGACUUUAUGGUAAGGAUCAUAGUUACUAGGAGAUUCAUCUUUCAUUUUAGUCCAUCAUGCCAGAUUUAAUACUCAGAUAACUUGCAUUUGAACUGAUUAGCCAUUUGUGAAUAAUCUUUGAGCUAUCCCUCAGCAACUUAGUUAAUCCCUUUGGUUGAACAACUGGUAAGUGCAAGGUCCCACACCUGGGUCAUGGCAGUCCCAGGCACAAAUACAGGCUGGGCGGAGAAUGGCUUGAGAGCAGCUCUGAGGAGAAGGACUCGGGGGUGCUGGUGGAUGAGAAGCUCAACAUGAGCCAGCAAUGCGCGCUUGCAGCCCAGAAAGCCAACCACAUCCUGGGCCACAUCAGAAGAAGCGUGGCCAGCAGGUCGAGGGAGGUGAUUCUGCCCCUCUACUCUGCUCUGGUGAGACCCCACCUGGAGUACUGCAUCCAGCUCUGCGAGUCCCCAACACAAGAAGGAAUGGACCUGUUGGAAUGGGUCCAGCAGAGGGCCACGAAGAUGGUCAGAGGGCUGGAGCACCUCUGCUAUGAGGACAGGCUGAGAGAGUUGGGGUUGUUCAGCCUGGAGAAGAGAAGGCUCCGGGGGGACCUU